AUGCCUCUCGUCCUUGCUCUUCUUGGUGCUGCCCACAUUGGAGAAUACGCCGGCAGCAGGGAGCUCACCCACGAAAUCGAUGACGUCCUCGACCUCGCGCUGCUUCUCAGUGGCAGCAGCAGGGCUUGGAGUCCUCGCCGUGGGGGUGGAAGUGGCCUGCGGCACAUGGUUGAUCACAGCCAUGACGCAGAUCCUUUGGCAAGCACAUGGCAAGUGAUCUUCUGGAUCCUCUUUGCUUUGAGCCGCCUGGUGUUGGCGCCGUGCAUUUGCAAGUGUUUAAGCCCUCGCCCAGCGUCCAUGGUUAUGGCCGGUGCAGCCCUUUCAGCUGCGUGUUGCUUUCCGGUGCUCCUUUGCCCGGACCUGUGGAGCAUCCUGCUGGGCGUUGCAGGCGUGGCGCUGGGCGCCGGACCUUCCUACGCCAUGAUCAUCAGCAUGGCCAAGGAGAGGCGGCCUGGAGGGCUCACAUCCAUUGACACGGCCAUGUUUUCCAUCGCCAGCUCUCUCGGCGCAGGUGGCGUGCCCUUCCUGAUGAGUCGGGUCUUGAGUCUCUUUGGUACCCAAGCCUUCUUCCCGACUCUUUCGCUGAUGUCCUUUGUCUUGCUUGCCUUCACCUUCUUGCUCAACCGGCUUUCUCCACCGACAGAGCUGACAGAGCCCGACGAGGAGUCUACGGAGGCUAGUACAGCGAUGGAGCAACCAGUUCCAGGCAUCGUUUGGACCUACUGGGAGCAGGGUUGGGAGCACGCUCCAUCCUUGUGCCAGGCCUGUGUGAAGAGCUGGCGUUUGGCCAAUCCGGAGUUGCACUUCCAGCAGAUCUCCUCGGUCGAUCUCCCCGAGCUGCUGCCCGAGCUUUGUGGCUGGAAAAGGUUCUGGGAGCUGCCAGCAGCUCAACGUGCUGAUGUCCUCAGACUGGCCUUGCUGGAGAAGUUCGGCGGGCUUUGGGUGGACGCGACCUUGUUUUGCUCGGCUCCCGUCAUGCCUUGGUUGCAAGCUCUGAAGGAAGGCGGAUCUGGAAGCGAGCAGGAGGGUUUCUUCUUCGUCUUCGACCGGUCCCAAUCCAAGUCGUGGCCGUGCGACCCCUUCGUGGACUGCGAGCUGUGGAUCAGCAACUGGUUCAUCGCCAGCAGUCCAGGGCAUCCGCUCACCUCCAACUGGCUGGCAGCCUUGCGAUUGGAGUUUUGCAAGGCUGAGGUCGACUAUUUCUGCGCGCAUCACAGCUUCCGCCAGAUGGUCCAAGCAUCGCCUGAAGCCAUGAAGCUUUACCAGGAGGUGCCGAAGGUCUCGGCUCGCCACCCUCACCUGUUGGAGUUCGAGCUGGGCUUCGGAGGCCGCGAGACGGAGGCAGGCGCGGAGCGCUUGCGGCAGGCGCUACAAGCGGCCCCGGUGCAGAAACUCUCACAUAAGAUCCUUCAGCCAUGCUUCCUGACAGAUUUGAUGCAUCAGUCCACGAUGUUGAAGUGCCUAUUUUCUUUGCAUGGGGCAGCCAUUGGUGAUUCCUUCCUCCGCAGCUUCCGUUGCAAGCAACGGAGCAAUGCUGAUCUGAUUCUAGAGGAGCUCGAGCGGAGAAAGAAGGUGCGCUCAUCAUGGCAAUUGUCAAUCCAUGUUCCCACAAAGUAA